AUGAUUGUAGAAUCUUGUUCAUCAUCAUCAUCAACUUCAUUAUUGUCUAUUAAUCAUCGUACACAAAAAUAUUUAAAAAAUCGUUUUCAUAUAUCUAUGAAUAAACCAAGUAUAAAACAAAAUAAUCAUUUAAGUACAAAUGAAAAUCGUACAGAUGAUGAUUAUGGUGGUGGUGGUGGUGGUGGAAAUUCUGAAAUUUCUUCUAAAAUAACAAAUGGUGAUAAUCGUAAAUCUCGUUCAAAUCAUAAUCGAGGAAAUGAUCCAACACGUUGGUGGCUUGUUCAUUUUAUUCAACGUGUUAUUGCUGAUCCAAAACGUACAUUAACUCGAAGCCGUAGUGCAACAGAUGCAACACGUUUUCUUCGUCAUAUUCAAACACGUAUAUCACCAGCUAUUAAAUGUGAUUCUGUUUAUGAAGAAUCAUCAACAAAUACAAAAAGACAUAAUAAUAAUUGUGAUCAAAAUCAAAUAUCUAUUUAUACUCGAAUGCGUUCUCAAUCAGUACCAAUUAAUAGUGUUUGCAGUUCAAAUCAUCAAUUAUUAUCUUUACAACGUCAAUCUGAAACAUUUACACGUUCAUCAUCUGUACAUGAUUUACAUCGACAUGAAGUAUUUCGUGCAAAUGAAUUAGAUUUUGGUCCUAUUAUUGGACAAGGUUUUUAUGGUAUUGCACGAACAGUUACUUUAAGAAAAACUGGUCAGAUAAUGGUUAUGAAAGAAACAAAAACAUUUGAUAAAGAAGCUCAAAAAAUUUUUGUUAAAGAAGUACAAGUUCUUAAACGUUUAAAACAUCCAAAUGUUCUUAAUUUUAUGGGUCUUUUACUUGAUAAAGAUAAUCAAAUGUGUUUUCUUGUUGAUUAUAUUGCCGGUGGUACAUUAAAAAAUAUUAUUCAUGAUUUAUCUAUUCCAUUAACAUGGUUACAACGUUUACGUUAUGCUAAAGAUAUAGCUGCCGGAAUGGAAUAUCUUCAUUCAUGUAAUAUAAUUCAUCGUGAUUUAAAUAGUUCAAAUUGUCUAGUUAAAUCUAAUGGACAAGUUGUUGUUGCUGAUUUUGGUUUAUCAAGAAUAAAUCUUGAUGAUGAUGAUGAUUAUAUAACAACACAAAUUAAUGAUGGUACAUCAGGAUCAUUUAGACGUGAACAACGAAGUACAAGUACAACAAUAACAUCGAAUGGUAAUAUUGUUGUUGUUCGACCUAAAACUCGUCGACAAUUAUUACGAGAUCGACAACGAUAUACAGUUGUUGGUUCUCCUUAUUGGAUGGCACCUGAAAUGUUAAAAGGUCAAUGUUAUGAUGAACGUGUAGAUAUAUUUUCUUUUGGUAUCAUGCUUUGUGAAAUUAUUGGUCGUGUACAAGCUGAUCCUGAUUAUUUACCACGUACACAAGAUUUUGGUUUAAAUGUACAUUUAUUUAAUCAGAAAUAUUGUAGUAAAGAUUGUCCAAAACAAUUUAUUGCUAUUGCUAUUGCUUGUUGUGACAUAAAUCCUGAUUCAAGACCUGCUUUUUGUGUAUCUCAUCCAUGGCUUGAAGCACUUGCAUUAAGUGUUGAAACGGGCAUAUGUCUAUCUUCAAAUUCAAAUGGAGAUAAUGCUUCUUAG